UCAGUUGUGAUCGACGACUGACGGUGAUAAGACGUUCUCCCCUGUGGGAUUGAAGAGAAAGAGGAAACUUUUUGUUACAUUGAAGUGUGCUGUUUGAAAGUAUUCUUGUGACUUUAUUUUAGAAGAAAAUUUAAUCAUUCACAUUAGGUUGAGUAGAGUGAAGUAAAGGAAGGAAAAGUGAAAAAUGAAACUCUGGUGAAAAAAUAUUUCCUAUAGCAAAUUUAAAGGAAACUUCUUAUUUUAAGACUCGCUUGGAGAAAUAAAAGAACGAUUUGGAGUUAUCAUCUGAUUGAAUUAGGUUUUAAGGCAUAAUUUCUCAUUCAGAGUGCUCAUUUAGUUACUAUGACGGGAGAUUCAGAUGAUAUUGAAUUGCGUCAUAAAAGUGGAGAGAGUCUUGAAUUACAAACAAGCGCACCAUCAGCUCUACAGUCACAAUCGACUUCAAUAGCGAUAAGAAACACAAAAUCAGAAGAACACGAUCCACUUGAACGUGGAACUUGGGGCAGCAAACUAGAUUUUAUCCUAUCUGUUGUCGGUCUCGCCAUUGGUCUUGGCAAUGUGUGGCGCUUUCCCUAUUUAUGUUAUAAAAAUGGUGGCGGUGCGUUUCUUAUACCAUACUUCAUUACACUUAUUCUUGCGGGGAUUCCAAUGUUUUUCAUGGAACUCGCACUGGGACAAAUGCUUACGAUUGGUGGUUUAGGGGUUUUCAAGAUUGCACCAAUAUUUAAAGGCAUUGGUUAUGCUGCCGCUGUUAUGUCAUGUUGGAUGAAUGUUUACUACAUUGUCAUCUUGUCAUGGGCCAUCUUUUAUUUCUUUAUGUCAAUGAGAGCGAAACUACCAUGGAGCACAUGCGAUAACUUAUGGAACACAAUAACAUGUGUUAAUCCUUACCUUCGCAAAGAUAUUUGUUUCGAUCAAAAAGUUACUGGACAGUUCUUCUCAAAUGGUUCAACAUUAGUUUCAAAAGUAUGCACUGUUGCAGGAAGAAAUAUUUCAGUGACACAAUUAACCGAUCCUGUUAAAGAAUUCUGGGAACGUCGUGCAUUGAUGAUUUCAAGCGGAAUUGAUGAUAUUGGAAAUAUAAGAUGGGAAUUAGCUGGAACACUUCUUCUUGUUUGGAUUCUAUGUUAUUUUUGCAUAUGGAAAGGUGUUCGAUGGACUGGCAAAGUCGUUUACUUUACAGCUCUCUUCCCUUAUGUUCUUUUGACUAUUCUUUUGGUAAGAGGCAUUACAUUACCCGGUGCCAUGGAGGGAAUUAAAUUUUAUAUCACGCCAAACUUAGCUAAGCUAAGAGAAUCGGAAGUGUGGAUUGAUGCCGUCACGCAAAUCUUCUUCUCAUAUGGAUUAGGAUUGGGAACUCUCGUGGCUCUGGGAAGUUACAACAAAUUCACAAACAAUGUUUACAAAGAUGCUCUAAUAGUUUGUACAGUAAACUCUUCAACAUCAAUGUUUGCUGGUUUUGUCAUCUUUUCAGUUGUUGGUUUUAUGGCACACGAACAGCAACGUUCAGUUAGUCCCGGCCUUGCAUUCUUGGCGUAUCCAUCAGCCGUUCUCCAGCUGCCAGGAGCUCCACUUUGGUCAUGUCUCUUUUUCUUUAUGCUUCUUCUAAUUGGUCUUGAUUCACAAUUCUGUACAAUGGAAGGUUUCAUCACUGCAAUGGUAGAUGAAUGGCCUAAACUUUUAAGAAGGCGCAAGGAAAUUUUCAUUGCAAUUGUUUGCGUCAUUAGCUACUUUGUAGGAUUAACAUGUAUAACCCAAGGGGGGAUGUACAUGUUCCAGAUUCUCGAUUCCUACGCUGUCAGUGGCUUCUGUUUGCUUUUCCUUAUUUUCUUUGAGUGCAUUUCAAUAUCAUGGUGCUUUGGAAUUCAAAGAUUCUACGAUGGCAUUAAAGACAUGAUUGGAUAUUAUCCAAUGGCAUGGUGGAAAUUCUGUUGGGUUGUUACAACUCCCUGUAUUUGCUUCGGAGUUUUUAUUUUCAACCUCGUUCAAUUUACGCCAAUUAAAUAUUUAGAGUACGAGUUCCCCUGGUGGGCUCACGCCUUUGGUUGGUUUACAGCUCUCUCAUCUAUGUUAUGCAUACCAGGUUACGCAAUCUGGCUAUGGCAGAAGACCCCAGGAGACUCGAUUGAUAAACUACGACAAAUUGUUAGAAUCGAUGAUGAUGUACCUCAGUUACGUGAGAAAAUGCAAGCUGAGGCGAAGAAGCUCAGCAAUUCGUAAAAAAAAAUUUCAUAACAUUGAAUGAAACUAACAUGAUACCUAAAUACGACAAAUCUUUGGCUCAUACUGCUCAAUGGACAUGAUGUGGAAAAUGAAACGAUUUAAAAGAUCUCGAUGUACGAUGGUCAAAAACGAUUUAUUUAAAUCGGAUUAUUCAUAUUUAUACCUUUCAAUGUUCUCUACUUGAACUUAAAAAAGCAUCUUUUGUUCUUCUUUACUUUAAGCAAAUCACCGGCGAAUGUUUUCGUCGGGAGAAAUUGAAAAAUGCUUAUUAAUUUUUCAAAGUAAGAAAGAAAUAGUGUUCACUCUUGUGGAAUAUCUUCAUCCUCACAAAGAAAUAUAAUGCCAUAAUGCCAUUUUAAUAUUAAUAUUUCAAAAAAGAAAUCAUUACGAUUGGAAUAAUUGGAAUGUUGAGGGAGUAACGAGAGUUAAUUACAACAUUAUUUGAAUAAACUUUCCAACGAUGAAAAAUUAAUGGCAAUAAAAAAAAUAUUAAAAUAAAAAAUAAUUGUUAGUAACUAAAAGUAGAAAAUUCCAUUAAAAUUGUAUUAAGAAUAAUUCUCGUUCAUGAUAAAGUGAGUGAAAUAUUGAGCUGUCUUCCAUGCAAAACUAAAUAGUUGAAAAUGUAUUGACAUAAAUACAAAGAAAAGUUAAAAAUAAAAAUGUUUAUGAAACAAAGAAAGAAAAGCUGUAACAUUUCUCGGGAUAUUUCACAAAUGCUCUCAGAAGUUUCUUCAAUUUUAAGAUGUGAGAAAUGUAUUUUGAAAAAGUUGUUAAGAAAAAAAAUAUUAAUAUAUAAUAAAUACAAUGAAAAUAAGAUUUUUGCAGGUUUAAUUCACCA